UUGUGCAAGGCAUAUUUUAAACGGUUUUUCCCGAAGCUUGCUGCUCCGGUCGAGAUACCCUCAAAUCGCAUUCGAUCAGCCUUUGGAAAGACGUUCCCUCGCUUCAAAGAUCGUUUCGUCUGGAGAUUUUCUUCGAUCAAGGAAUAAAAAAGCUUCAAGCUCGUAGCACCGGACUUUUUCAAUUUCAACCAGAARGAAAAGGAAAAUUUUUUUCCUUCACAGUUCGACGGGUCUUGAACUGCAGACUUUGCAAAAGCUAAAAAAGAUUUCUUCCAUCGGACUCGAGGCUUGCGGACUGUUUGUUCGGCCACUUUAUCUUGGCUUUGACAAAGAACUAGAGCGGAGUUGGGUCGUACAAGAUUCCAUGCGGCGAAUUUGCUAAGCAAUUCAUAAGAAAGAUGAAAGCCCUUAUACAGAGAAUUCGCGGAGAAAGAAAGCCUGCUUUAGUGAGAGAAGACAGGACACCGCUCAAGCAAAAAAUCAGCUAUGGUGUUGGUCAUGUCUUCAACGACUUGUGCAUCCAAGCUUGGUUUAGUUAUAUUCUGAUCUACUUCACAAAAGUUAUCAAACUCUCUCCCGUGAAUGCGGGGUAUAUAUUCGUGGUCUCUCAGAUAGCCGAUGCUAUUUCGACUCCUUUGAUAGGAUACGCUUGCGAUAAACGGAUGUCCAAAAGAAUUGAAAAACGGUACGGCAACAAGAAGAUUUGGCAUCUGAUUGGAAGUGCUGGGAUUGCAUUAAUUUGGCCAUUCCUGUACUCGCCCUGUCCCUAUUGCGGCGAGAAGGCAGAAGAAUGGGUUUUACUAACAUACUACGGAGUAUUAACCGCGUUGUUUAGUUUCUUCUGGCCUAUGGUCGAAAUCAGUCAUUUAUCUUUGAUGCCUAUUGUGGCAAGAAGAGCAAAAGACGCACUAGAGCUGGGAGCGAUCAGAUCCGCUCUGAAGCUCGGAUGUGGAGUAUAUGUGUAUAUCGUGACGUGGAUACUCUUAGGUCAAAAUAGUGAGACAACGAUAGACGAAAGCGUACAAAAACCAUUCACGUAUCAAACAAUUAUUGUUAUCAUCACCGGUGGAUUUUUUGCGAUAUUAUUUCACUGGGGAGUCGAUGAGAUCGGAAGAUCUAAGAAAAUUGAAGAUGAAAAAAAAGCUUUACAAGAAAAACAGUCAUCAAGAACCGAUGAUGCAGAGAAGCAAGCUUUAGAUAAAGAGCUCAACCCCUUGGAAAUAAUCGAGCAUAGUAAAACCAGUCCACCAAAGUCGAUCAAACAGUGGUUCAAAUGUCCUGAUUUCUAUGUGAUGAUGAUCGUUUACUUUACGACACAAAAUGUUGCUAAUUUAGUCCAGUCCUACUUCCCCAUGUACCUCACGGAGACCAUGCAGUUCCCUAAGGAAGCCAUAGCUUACUUCCCUCUCAUCAUCUUGAUUAGUGGUAUUAUCUCUAGCAUGUUGGUCAAACGACUGAACAAAAAAUUCAGCAACAGAGUCAUAUUCUGUUUCGGAUCAGUCUUAGCCAUUAUUUCUGCGGCCUGGUUCUAUUUUAAUCCAAUGGAAACGAGAAACGCCAUUUACGCGCCCACUGUCAUUAUGGGUUGCGGUUAUUCGUUAAUGGUUGUGAUGUCAUUAGCUAUGGUUGCUGAUCUGAUUGGGAACGACAAACAAUCAAGUGGUUUUGUGUACGCAUUCAUGGCAUUCGUCGAUAAAGCGUCCCUGGGAUUAAUCGUACUGGGACUCCAAGAGUAUUACCCUCAUAGUACUGGAGAAUGCAUUGAAUGUCGAGACUAUUUACGACUAGCUUUCGCUGUUCUUCCUGGAGUAGAGGCUCUUAUUGCUUUCGUUGCUGUAGCCUUUUUCUUCCAGAGAACUCCUUUCCAGAAUAUUCGUUCGCCUAAAGAAAAAGAAGACAAAUCAACUGAAUUCGUCUGUGAAUCACCUUACUAUGGAGAAGCAGAUUUCAUCAACAUUCCAUCACUGCGAUCAACCGACGUGUAGAAUUCCAUCACGAUGUGAUAUGACAGGAUAUGACAGCAAACUAAAGGCAAUACUUGGAAAACGUGAACAAGACAAAAAAAUGCCAUAAAUCGAAGGGUUCGUCCAGCACAAUCAUGGAACGAGUUACGACAGAUGGAUAAUAUCAGGAAACUACAACAUCACUGGAACAAAAAUAUUGAUUAUACCAUUAGCAGCAUGGCGUUGAUCAGAUAAUCAGUUCCUAUGGUACCGUGACGUCACAUCCGCUCUUGUCUUCGCAUUCGACCCUCUACAGACUUGAAGAAAAAAAUACUUGAUUUCCAAACAUGUGACAUUUCUAGAAGCUAGAAUGUCUGAAGGGAUAACCAAUUAUGAUUAUUAACCCAUUAAUAUUACCAAGUAUAUCAUAUUGAAACAUUGAUAUGGAAGUUAGUUUAGUAAACUAGAAUAUUAUWAAAAAAAUCGGUUAUAGAUGUUACAUUAGAAAGAAUUCAUAAGCAUACGGAUAAUUAAUACUUAGAUAGUAAGGUUUGUUUUGUCUAGUUCAGGACGACACAGGUUAAAAAACCACCUCAUACCUGGGUGUCGAGCGUGGGUCUGGAAACGAGACUGCCACUGCGCAUGCUGGUGAAAUUGGCGGGAAAAUGGCGCACGCGCGUCAAAAAGCCGAGUGGAUGCUUCUUUUAUAUUACUAAUUGCAGCCUUUUCCACAUACACUGGCGAUAAACAGUCGGUUUAUAUUCGAUGAAUCUUCGUGAAUAUCCGAUCAUGCGCAGUAGGGUUUGUUCUUGUCAUUAUCGAGACUUGAAGCGAAGAAAAUAAUCUUUGGUAUUCGAAGUUAAGAUCUAUUAUUAAAACCAAAUUUUAAAAUCUAGGUUUUUUAAUUAAAAGACGUUCGUGUCUUGUAAUCCAGGCUUCCUUCCAUUCACUACGAGAUAACAUUCAAGUAUAAUAAGUAUAUAUUUAUAUUUCCAUUUCCAUUUCAUUUUGGAAUUUUAAACAUUGAAAAAAUACAUAAAUAGCGGGAAAUGAAAAAAUAGGAAAUGCACUUGGAACAUAGAUAAAGGGAAUAUUCCCAGUAGUAGUAAAACAAUUCUAUUUUAUCAAGCUAAAAAUUAAUAAAAAUUUGAUAUCAAA